AUGCUGGAAGUCUUAAGAUAUUUUAAACAAUUACAAACGGAAUCGAAAAUAGAAGUGCAGAGCAGAAUUAUUGCUGGUUAGUUUUGUUACUGAACUUCUUCAAAAUCGUUUGGAUUUCUUACAGAUCGCAAGCAAAACUCCAAGGAAUCAUUGCUAAUUGGGAAAUUCGACUCAGAUAACAGAACAUGGACUCUAAUUGGGAGAAUGCCAAAUCAGAUAGCAAAUUAUGGAGUUGCAUCCGGUGAGAAGCAUGUUUAUAUUGUUGGAGGAAUGUCCAAUGGCAUAUGGCUGAGCACCGUUGAGGUUUACGAUGAUGAGCGUGGAUUGAGAGAGGAAGUAAGUAACUUUGCAGAAAAAUGGCAAAUAUUCAAAUGAUUUUGACCUAUAUUGACAACUUUUUUAGCUACCCUCUAUGAAGCAAGCACGCACUCGAACUGCAGCCGUACUUCACAAUGGAACUCUAUUUGUUAUUGGUGGAUACAAUGGGACGUACAUGAACUCUGUGGAAAUCUAUGAUGUCAAGAAGAAGACAUGGAGGAACGGACCUUUGCUCCAAAGAAGGAGAGCCGAUUGUGGAGUUGUGUUUUUGAAUGAGAAACUUUAUGGUGAGUUUUUGAUAAACCUGAACAAUAAUGAGCAGUCUUUAUUCUAGCAAAGUUUCAGUGAUUGGUGGCUUCAAUGGGAGCACCUACGAAGCAGCUAUUGAAAAGUAUGAUGCGUCCGCUGACCGUUUCGAGAUUGUCGGGAAGAUGGAAGAAGGACGUGCUGGAUUUGGAAUCUGCUCAUUCAAUAAUUGCAUUUACGUGGCUGGAGGAUGGAGUUCGGCCAGUAACACUCUCGCAUCCGUUCGCAGCUACGAUCCCAUCACAAGAACAUGGAGAGACGAACCACGGAUGUCCACAGCACGAAAGUACUUUGAAAUGUAUUCUACCGAAACGGCGAUUUAUGCUAUCCGUGGAUGCGCUGAUAAUUGGAAUAGAAUCGAAAACUGUGAACGACUGCUCUCAAACAAUCAAUGGGAAACAAUUGAACUAGCUCCUUGA